GCGGCGGCUCCGCUCGGUUCCUGCUCGGGCCGGGGCAGCCUGCGCGGCGCGGCCGCCGAGGGGACGCUGCGCGACCCGUCCGCGCCCCACAGCCCCGGUGGCUGCUGCUUUAAUGCAAUAGUGUCAUUAGCUUGCUGAACACUAAACAUGAGAAUAGCAGGUGCUGCAAAGUUGGUAGUAGUCAUAGCAAUAUUUUUAUUGACGUUUUAUGUCAUAUCUCAAGUGUUUGAAAUAAAAAUGGAUGCAAACUUAGGACACAUAUUUGCUAGAUCAGCGUUGGAUGCAGCUGCACGCUCUACAAAACCUCCAAGAUACAAGUGUGGGAUCUCUAAAGCUUGUCCUGAAAAGCAUUUUGCAUUCAAAAUGUCAAGUGGAGCAGCGAAUGUAGUUGGACCUAAAAUUUGUGUAGAGGAUAAUGUUUUAAUGAGUGGAGUUAAAAAUAAUGUUGGCAGAGGAAUAAAUAUGGCCUUGGUCAAUGGUAAAACAGGAGAAUUAUUAGAUACUAAGUUCUUUGACAUGUGGGGAGGAGAUGUGGCACCACUUAUUGAAUUUCUGAAGACCAUCCAGGAUGGAACAAUUGUGUUAAUGGCAACAUAUGAUGAUGGUGCAACCAAGCUUAACGAGGAAGCACGGAGACUGAUCGCUGAAUUAGGAAGCACGUCCAUCACUAACCUUGGCUUCAGGGACAACUGGGUCUUCUGUGGUGGGAAAGGAAUUAAGACUAAAAGUCCGUUUGAACAGCAUAUAAAGAAUAACAAGGACACAAACAAGUAUGAAGGCUGGCCAGAAGUUGUUGAGAUGGAAGGCUGUAUCCCUCAGAAGCAAGACUAAAUGAAAACAGAAGAAAAGGAAAAAGACUAUGGAAGACAAUGCACUUUCUGCUAUUAUUAGAGAGAGGGCUAUGAAGGAGACUGUACUGUAAAAAAUAUUUUUAAAGCAUGCAGCCAUCUUGUCAGUGUGUGCAUGAGCACUGACAUUUUGAAUAUUGGGAUUAUUUAUUGCUGACACACAUAGAAAUUCUUUUUGUAAAUAAGUCCAAAAUAAAAGAAACAUCCAAUCAUUUCUAUGCAGGUUUCUUAAAAGCACAGUAUUUAGUUUGCCUGUGGUAAAUAAUACUUGUAGAUAACUGGCUAAUAAAUAACGUAUGUGGACAAUAAA